AUGCGAAUAUACUACUGGGAUGAUGGGGCUCCUACACAUGUCGCUCUAGUAAGGAGAGGUUUCCAAGGCGGUGGAUUAGCAGCGGUGGUCCUAUUAGAUGACCUCCAAGAUCUCCAGACCGCAGAGGUGUUUCGCAUAAAAACUGACUCAGAGCAGGGGAACCCAAAAAAUGGUGAUUUAACGCAAUCUACUGCUACCACUACUACCACUACUACCACUACUACCACUACUACCACUACCACCACUACGACCACCACUACCACCACUACGACCACCACUACCAUCACUACGACCACCACUACCACCACUACGACCACCACUACCAUCACUACCACCACUACCACCACUACCACCACUAAUACCGCUACCACCAUUACCACCAUUACUACCACUACUACCACUACUUUUUUUUUCGAGAGGGGAAAUCCAUCAUGGAUACCUGGACUUAUGUUCUAUCGCCCCAGGUUAUGUCGAAGUUUAACCGGCUAA